GUUCAGCCUGCGGCCCUCGCAACUGAGCCUCGCACGUGGCCUCCACCGCCAGGCCUGGCGCCAGGAUGAUCGCGGGCACGUGGAGGUUGCCGUGCGGCCGCGUAUCGUGGUCGUAGUGGCGGUCGUCGAUCACGUACUGGUGGUCGUACUGGUUGCGCUAGUGGUAGCCGCUGACGCCGUACAGUUUGUCGUCCUGGUCGAACUGUUGGUCGUAUUGGUGGUCGUACUUGUCGCACUGGUCGCGCUCCAGGACCUCGACGACAAUGUAUUUGAACUCCGCCAGGCGCUGAUGAAAACUUAGCUUUCGGCCGCUGGGUGCCUGAGCGUAGGGCUUUACCUCCACGCCGUUCGCUGUCAGGUGAUCUUCCUCCGUGGCGUCCGAGGCUGCUAGCAUCGCCCUCGCAAGCAGCGCGACGUCUUUGCAGC